CCUCAGUCUCUUCAUAACCAGCAGCCAGUUUGCUCCCAUAAACCGAAAAACAGAAAAAAACGCAGGAGGGGACGAACUCUGGCGCUUUCCCCAGGAUGGAGAAGGAUCCUCCAUCCAAGCCAUCUGUGGCUGAGCUGGCUGGAAGGUUCAAAGGUCAUAUUAUACCAACGCCCACCUCAAAUGACGAGUCGCCAUUUUAUGGAAGACCUCCAUCUUCUCUGAAGCUGCAAAACCACAAAGAUGAUAAUGAAGAAUCAGAUAAAACUAAUGCCUCUUCAAAGCCCUUAAAAAUGAAAAUGAAGAGUUCACCCAUUAUUGAGAAACUGCAGGCCAACCUUGCUCUGUCACCGACCGCUCUGCUGCCAUCGCCCAAGACUUCUGAGGUGAAGUUGCAGCCGGCACCACUGUCCCCCACCACACCCUGCAGCCCGAAGAGCCCACUGGGUCCCACCCUGCGGCCCCAACAGCAGUCCUUUGAAGAGGAGGAUCCUGUCAGCUUUGACAGCCCUCCUGAGGGUGCCCCACUGCCUAGCUUCAACAAGACUCGUGCACGACUAUCAUUUAAGAGGCGCCCGCCCACAAGACAGCACAGGAGGUCAGCUGGAGAGGAGGCAGGUGCCUUCGGUAGUGGUCUGUCCCCAUCUGAACUGUACAGCCCGAAAGAAAAUGGGGACGAGGACCUGGUUUUAGACAGCCCAGCAGAGGAAGCCGAACACGGCCAAGCUGAGGUGCGGGACAGGGACUGUGAAAAGGAAGAUGUAGCAAAGGAUGAUCCAGAUAACAGGGAAGAUCUGGAGGAGCAGGCAGCAGAAGCACAAGCCCUGACCUCUGAACGGCAGCCUUCGGAGCCUUGUCCUGCUGAGCAAACAGAGGGUGACUUUCAGAGAGAAGAGAAUCAGGAGGAGAUGCCAAGACCCACCAAGGAGGAAAUUAAGGGGUGUGAACUGUGAAUGUUUACGUCAAGGAAAUCAGAAAUAUAUGAAUAAGUUAUUCAGUGCUUUGAUUAAGAGAACUUUUUGAAAAUACUCUUCAUAAAGAGUUCAUCUAUUUUAAGGUUCUUUGUAUACCUGGUC